AUGAAUCGCACACGGAUCGCCGGCCAUGGCCUGAGAAGGCUCGUCCAGAACCCUCCACGGGGCACCAGGGGCAUCGUCACAGACGCAGAUGUCGUCAAGGCAAGGAAAUACUGCCAGUCGCAACUCCAACACAGCGAUUACGAUGCGCACAUAAUCAGCCGCCUCGUCCCGGCGCGGUCAACAGACGCCUACCUCGCCCUCCGCAGCCUCAACCUCGAACUCGUCCGCCUCCCCGAGCUCGUCUCCAACCCAACCAUAGGCCAGAUGCGUAUGCAAUUCUGGCGCGAAUCCAUCGAUAAGACCUUUGCUGGCGCGCCCCCGGCCGAACCCAUAUGCGUGCUCCUUCACCAGGCGCUGCAGGACUUACGCGCGCGAUCGACGACCUCCACCGCGAGCUCUAUCAAGUUCUGGGUGCAGCGGCUUAUCAAGACGCGAGCGAAGCACAUGGACAACAGACCGUAUGCGUCGCUGGCUGCGCUGGAGGAGUACGCGGAGAACACGUACUCAACGCUUAUGUACGCUACGCUGGCCUCGAUGCCGCUCCGCUCGAUGCAGGUGGACCAUCUGGCGAGUCACAUUGGCAAGGCGUGCGGCAUAGUGGCGGUUUUGCGCGGCAUCCCCGUUCUGGCGGCGCCGCAGCAGCAGCCUGCAAGAUCCCACGCCGGACCAAGCGGCGGACGACAAGAUCCCGCGCUGCUCCUCCCGCUGGACGUCAUGGCAGAGGUCAGCCUGCGUGAGGAGGAUGUCUUUAGGUACGGACCCCAGGCGGAAGGCUUCCAGGACGCUGUGUUCAAGGUGGCGACGCGGGCCAACGACCACCUCAUCACGGCGCGCGAGAUGCUCAAAAAUCUCAACGCCGGACAGGAAGCCGGCCACGAGUUUGAGCACCAGGGAGAGGCGGAGCACGUGUACGAAGAGGAGGAGGACGACACGAAGCGGGACCUCCGGCGAGGAUUCGGGGUGCUGCUUGAAGCUGUACCCGCACAGGAGUACCUGACAAAUCUCGAGGGGACAAACUUUGACCCCUGGACUGUGAAGCCGAGCUGGAAGUUGCCUUGGCGUCUCUGGCGGGCGACGAGCACGAAUCAAAUCUAG